AUGUCUAGAAGGUGUGGUUGCCGCUUUAACUGCUGCCCCUGCUGCUUCUGGAUAUACUACUGCACCACCCUCUGCUUCAGCCUGCCCUUCGUGAUAUUCGGGUUCAUCUUCUUUCCCCAAGAGCCCAAAUUCACAAUCACCAAUGCCACUCUAACCCAAUUCAAUUUCAACAGUUCCAACAACACCCUCGAUUACAACCUCGCACUCAACAUGACCAUCAGAAACCCUAACAAGAGGGUUGGCAUAUAUUACCGCCGCAUCCAAGUCAUAGGUAACUACCGAAAGAAGAAAUUUGCUCUCGUCACUUUGACUACUUUGCCGUUCUACCAAGGCCACAAAAACACCACCGAUUUGCAUCAACUGGUUGUUCAAGGGUCGCAACUGGUGAAGUUUGGAAAACGCGAGGUGUCCCAGUUUAACUCGGAGACUGCUUCCGGGAUUUAUAGUAUAAACGUGCAGCUCGCUCUUCGGAUAAAAGCCAGGUACGGCAAGUUCAAGUCGCGCAAUUACAAGCCGUAUAGGAAGAUUGACUGCAAGCUGAAGGUUCCUUUGAGUUUUAAUGAAACGUCAACGGCCAUUGGUUUUAAGGCUACAAGGUGUGGAAAUGUUCACUUCUUUUCAGAUCCUGAUGCAGAUUAA